UGCCUAAAACUCUCUAACCUCUUCUCCAAGAAACAACCCCAGGGAGUAUUACCCACUAACAGAGCCAUGCUUCACAACUCUAGCCACAGCAAAGGCCUGGCCUAUGUGGGUAAGAUCCUGAGGAGGCAGGAGAGGGACAGGGAAGGAGUAUGGGUAGGGGCAGGGGAAGCCCUGGCCACCAAUACCUCCUCCCCUUUCCUCCUGGAGCCUCCAGGGGUCUCAGGCAGCAUCAUCCCAGUCUACUGUACCCUCCUGGCCACUGUGGUCCUCGGUCUGCUUGCCUACGUGGCCUUCAAGUGCUGGCACUCACAUAAACAAAGACAGCAGCUGGCCAAAGCUCGAACUGCAGAGGUGGGAGGUCUCAACAAGGACCAGAUGCAUGGGAUAGCAGUGUCUUCCUGGACUCUCCUAGCAGUCUGGAGCCCUGUGCCUCCAGCCAGGGUGAGCCCCUUUCCCAGAACUGCCUCACCACCCAGCCCUUGUGUGAUCCUCAUGUCUCCUGCCCCAGGACCACAUCCUGAGCUUGGGUGCCGACUUUACCUUGAUCUCCCUCGGCAGCACCAGGAGAAAGUGGAGCGGCUGUUAGAGGUGUCACGUGAACCUGACAAGGGCUGGCAGGGACUGGCAGACCAUCUGGGCUACCGGGCUGAGGCUGUAGAAAUCAUGGCCCAAGGCCAGGUGUGA